AAUUUGGCUCGAGAGUUCGGUGACCUCGCUAAGAAAGGCUGAGCUGUGACAGCUUACGAGGCUUGCUAUCCGAUGGCUGCCCUGAACCUCUCCUUCGACAUGUUUGAUGCUGCCGCGUACGAGACGGAUUCGGACUCGAAUCAUUCGCAAAGCACUCAGUCAAAGGUUCGGCUCAGUGGCACGGAAUUCCUCUCCGCAAGCCCAUCUCGGGACGGCUUGGAGAUUGGUGCACAGAUUCGGAGGAGCGUGCUUUCCUCGCAAUCGCGGAACCGCAAGGUUAUUGCACCUCCCCCCAAAGAGCCUGCCCCAAUCUUCAUCGCGGAGCUGCCCCCGUCCAUGAAGGUACCAACACCACUGGUAUCUGCAGGGCUGAAUCCCUUCAUUCCCGCCAAGAAGCGACUGUCCUUCGCGGAUGAGCUGGGCGAGAGCAACCAAGGAUUCCAGUUCAUCUCAGAGCCUGUUAUCAUCCGCGCGAGCGACCUGGCCAGCUUGAGGCAAGCAUGAUUGGUUCGUCCAGGCAUGCCCAGAGCGGAUCUCUCCCAUUGUGAGUUUUACUGCAGGCGCUCACAGCUGAAGAGAACAAGAAUUGGAUGUCAUGCAGCAAGACUGUGAUCCAGUUCAGAACAGUUCAGAAUUCGUAUCCAAAUCCAGACCGCACAGCCGUUUUGAAAUCGGGUCGGGGCCGCCUUUAUGCUGCAAGAAAGCACAAGCUGAUUAUUGCAUGCGCCUUACAUAGGCACGGACUGGCACUGAUGCGACACCAAAUUGGAGUGCUCGCUUGUUGAUAACCCUUGUUGCCAAUAAUACAUCCAGCCGAGCCUAUGCGAGUUUUGCGGCCUCGUUCCCUCCUCCGGUAUGGCGAUGUCAGAGCAGGUGACUGCCCUGCAAACUUGCAUGUAUGCCGCUAUGCCCCUCUUCGGAUGACACCCGUUUGCUGCAGCCGCAGCACAGAGUCCUUUUUUUCGCGGCAGAAUUCAUAGCCUUCGGUUGCAGGAUGAGAUCCUUGAGAUUGCAGACA